ACAAAUUAGGUAUAAAAAGCGAAACGAAACGGCGGCACUGUUACAGUUAAAUUAAAUUCGGGUAUUUGAGCGAAUCGCCAUAGCUUAAGUGAAAAUGAAAUGUUUAACAAUUAUUAGCAGUAUUUUGUUUGUAACGCUGGUGCGGGCCGAUUAUCCUUCGGAUUUUCCAAAAUGUAAGAAUGGUGAUGGCUCUUGUCUCGUCAAAGCUGCCAAUGAAGUUACCCAGAAAUACUAUGGUGGCAAUCGGGAUGUGAAUUUAUUACCCUUCGAUCCAUUGCGUAUUAAAGUAUUCGAAUUGGAAAAGAGUCCCACGAGUCCAGUGAAUGUGGGUUUUAAAUUUACCGAUGUCGAAUUGCAGGGAUUGAAGAAUAUGCAUGUCACCAAGUUUGAUGGUCUGAAUGCCGACAUGAAGGGUCGCAACGUUUUCGAAGCUACUGUACCCGAAGUCGUACUAAAGGGUCACUAUGAAAUGGAGGGACGUGUUCUCUUGCUGCCCAUUGUUGGUAAUGGCCAGUGUGAAAUUAAAAUGAAAAACAUUCAACUCAAAUAUGCUUUUGAUUUGAAACCCCUGGAAAAAGAUGGCAAAACCUAUGCCGUAUUGGAACAUGUCAAAAUGGAUUUGAUACCAGGAGAAACAUAUUUCCAUUUUGAAAACCUUUUCAAUGGCGACAAAGCCUUGGGCGACAAUAUGAAUGAAUUCAUCAACACCAACUCCAAGGAUAUAACCAAAGAAAUAUUGCCAAGCUUUUCGAAAUCGCUGAGUUUGCUGAUAAAACAAAUGAUUAAUGCCUUCUACGAAAAGCAUCCCUUUGCGGAUCAUUUUUUGUAAAAUGUGAUAAAUAACGUUCGGUUGUUAUACUUUGUAGAUAUGUUUAUAUGUUACGAAUAAAUUAGUUAAGAAAA